CAAAACCAGACAGUGGAGUCAGCUAACUGCAGUCGGUCCAUAAUGUUGCUGUAUACCGCGGUGCUGGUUCCCGUCCUGAUGGCCAUGUGCCAUGGCUCCCUGGCCGAGAAAAUGAUGAGGCCCAAGUUCAAGGACAUCAAGAUCUGGAGCGACGAGAAGUUCGUCAGCCACAAGGUAGUCUACGACAACAGCGACCCGCAUCUGAACUUCUCCAUGGAGGUGCACCAGGAGCUGCACGACGUGGACAUCCACCUCGAGGUGCGCAUCACCAACAAGCAGGACCCGUACUACACCACUAACCUAAACACCACCCUGAACGUCUGCCGCAUCCUGGGCUUCGCCAACAAGUCGCCGGUGGGGCGCUUCGUGCACGGAUUCAUCCGCGAGUUCGGCAACAUCGUCGAUAACUGCCCAAUCGCCAAGGGCUCCUACUUCAUCAACAAGUUCUGGUGGCCAGAGGACCCAACCACCGCCAUGCUGCCCGAGCUGGAGUUCGAGAUCGUCUGGCAGGCCAUGCACUUGGACGCCAGCAAGAAGCGCACGCUGAUCAUGAACGACCACUUCGGUGGCGACUUCGUCGUCCAGGACGUCAAUAAUCUGAAGCCAGGCAUCUUCGCAAUGCUGCCCAAGGUCGCCUAGAAGCUCCACUAGCCUCCUUCCCGCCCCGGAAUGAGCUACCCAGCUGAGUCGCGUGUCCCAAUGGUAUUUAAUUAAUGUUUGUCAGUGUCACUUCGUGUUAUCCAGAAAGCAAGCAAAUAAAGCUGCCGCAGAAAGCAAA